AUGGCUCUUAGUCUAACUGUUGACGAUGUCUCUUCCAUUUCAAAGGAAAAGGAAGUGUGGAGAGUUAUUGUGAAGGUGGUGCGGAAGUGGAUGACUCCAAGUUUCGAUCGUUCAAAACUUCCUAAUUUGAUGGAGUUGGUUUUAAUGGAUGCAAAGGGUGAUAGGAUCCACAUCACAGUGCAAAGGACUCAUGUUUAUAAGUUUAAUCCUUUGUUAGUUGAGGGUCGAGUAUACAUGUUGUCACAUUUCAGUGUUGGUGAUAGCGCUCUGGAUUUUCGUACAACGGCACAUGCUCACUGGAUAAUCAUUGGUUUUGAUUCGGUUGUUCAAACCCUAACCGACGAUCUCAUCACUAAGAGUCCUUAUUCAUUUGUUUCUGUUUCUGAUAUCAUGUUCAAUGAUCCAGAUCAGACACUGAUAGUCGGGAUCCUUACCGGCCAUAGCGGCGAGCAGGAAUUUGAAAAAAACCAUCAAGUGCGAAAAAGGAUUACCAUAGAGAUUGAACAAGAAGGAGUGAAAGUUGAGUGUGCAUUUUUUGGAAGCUACGUCCAAGAGUUAUUCUCUGCUUUAUCUUCACGCGAUCUGAGCGGCGUUGUGGUUUUAAUCCUGUUUGCAAAAAUCAAGCAUUUUAAAGAUAUGUUCGGGAAAAAAAUGUUUAUAUCUGGUCAACAAAGCCUGCAAAAUGCAUAUGGUGCAACACGGGGCCUCUUUAAUCCUGAGAUUCCUAAAGCUACUGUUGUGAGGGACAAGUUUUUCGAGAUGAAUGAACCUGGAUCUCAGGUGCAUACUCAGUUGUCCGACUCUUCAAAACCUUCCCUCGAUAAAGAGCUCUUAAAACUCUCAGAAGUCAUGCUGUGUUGUGUUAGGGACCAUCAUACAGAUACCUGA